GGUCAAUAUUGACAAUGUCAUUGAAAACCUGGGACAUCCACAACAACUAACAGUAGGAGGGUUACAAUUACAAUUGGUAUUCAAUAGUGAUAAAUCAGAUCUUUCCAAGAAGAUACUGGUAGUACCAGUGUUAGAAG